UUUGCUUCCUAUAUUUAUAUCAUAGCUCUCCCCUUCACUUCCCACAUCCAUCCUCUCUACAAGCAACCAAAAAUGGCUACACAUCAAUUCCCUAAGAACUCCAUGCACCUCGACCAAAACCCAGAAGCUGCCUUGGGCGGGUUUGGCAAGGACUUCGAUGACGAUGGUCGAGAGAAGCGAACAGGAACAUGGAUUACUGCAAGUGCUCAUAUCAUCACGGCGGUGAUUGGGUCGGGAGUUCUAUCUUUGGCAUGGACGAUUGCGCAGUUGGGUUGGGUGGUCGGACCAGCGGUUUUGGUGGCGUUUUCAUUUAUCACAUAUUUCACUUCCACCAUGUUGGCUGAUUGUUAUAGAGCUCCAGACCCAGUAACUGGGAAAAGAAACUACACUUAUAUGGAUGUUGUCAAAGCUCAUUUGGGAGGAACAAAGUUUAAGCUUUGUGGGUUAGCUCAAUAUGGUAAUUUGGUUGGGAUUAGCAUUGGCUACACCAUUACUGCCUCGAUUAGCAUGGUAGCGGUGAAGAAAUCAAACUGCUACCACAAGAAUGGGCAUCAGGCAGACUGCACCGUGUCUGGUGUUCCAUACAUGCUACUAUUUUCGGCCAUGCAAGUUUUGCUCAGCCAAAUUCCCAACUUCCACAAGCUCUCAUGGCUCUCUAUUCUUGCCGCCAUCAUGUCGUUUGCUUACGCUAGCAUCGGUGUCGGCCUGUCCAUCGCAAAAGUCGCAAGUGGUGAGAAUGGACAAACAGGCUUGACAGGGAUUGAUGUCUCAGGACAGGAGAAAGUAUUCAGGGCCUUCCGAGCUAUUGGGGAUAUUGCCUUUGCUUAUGCCUACUCUACCGUCCUCGUUGAAAUACAGGACACAUUGAGAUCAAGCCCACCAGAAAACAAAGCAAUGAAGAGGGCAACUUUUGUCGGCAUCUCAACCACCAGUCUUUUCUACAUACUCUGUGGUUGUGUUGGUUAUGCAGCAUUCGGAAACAAUGCACCAGGAAAUUUCCUUACUGGCUUCGGAUUCUACGAGCCCUUUUGGCUCAUUGACUUCGCCAAUAUCUGCAUUGCUGUUCACCUAGUUGGUGCUUACCAGGUAUUCUGCCAGCCCGUGUAUGGGUUCGUGGAAAAAUGGUGCAACACAAGGUGGCCAGAAAGCAAAUUCAUAACAACAGAGCACAUCAUCAAGUUACCUUUUAAUGGAGAGUAUCCGCUCAGCUACUUCAGAUUGAUUUGGAGGACAGCAUAUGUCAUAGUGACGACUGUGAUAGCUAUGAUAUUCCCAUUCUUCAAUGCUUUCCUUGCUUUGCUUGGGGCUACUUCAUUUUGGCCAUUGACAGUUUACUUUCCGGUCGAGAUGUACAUAGCAAGGACUAAAUUGCCCAGAUUCUCUUUCACCUGGAUCUGGCUGAAGAUAUUGAGCUGGGCCUGCUUGGUCAUUUCACUAAUGGCUGCUGCUGGAUCAAUUCAAUCCCUGGCACAUGAAGUGAAGAAAUACAAGCCCUUCCAAGUUGAGAUUUGAUUAGUAGCAAAGUCCAGUAAUCUUAUAAACGUCACCAACCAGCAUUGUCUCAAAGUGAAUUUGAAUUUACAACUACUCCUAAAUUUUCAACAACCCUAUUGGACGGCCUCUACAUUAUGACGAUAAGUUUUAGUAGGGGAAAAGGAAAAGGAACAAUGCAAUUUAUCAAUGAAAAUAAAUAUCUUUCUGCAA